AUGGUGAUAUUUGUGACACUUAUAAUGCGAUUAUAUCAGAACGAGUGGUUUUAUGAGAAGAAAGGUUUAUCUGUGGCCGAAGUAUUUUGGUUUUCUGAAACAGUUAUAUUGUCAGACAUAGAUUAUAAUACGUUCUUGCAGUUGUAUUAUACCGACCUUUCUCCUGUCAUCGAAAUGCUAAUUAAUGACUUUACAUUUAUCUUUUGGAUCAGGUAUAUAAAGAUUAAGUUUGGUCUAUUAAAUGCUGUAUUACAAAGCAUGCUGAAAACAACUAUUGAUUCUCCACAACAUAAGAGAGUUCUUCGAAUGAAGGACAACUGGGAAGAUGAUUCUUCGUUAUCUACUGUUUAUGGAACUUACAAAACAAAUGAAAAUCUUAUCAAAUUAAAAAGAGUCAAACAAAUCCAUUUGGAAUUAAUGAAAUGUGCUAGAAUAAUAAAUGAGGCUUAUGAAUUACAAAUUCUUAUAUCCAUAUUUACAACGGCCCUUUUUAUCACGACAUUGUCAUACAAUCUGUACAUUAACUUAAACAUAGGUGACAAAUGGAUAAUACAACUAUAUGUGUAUUUAACUUGGAUUUUUUAUUUUGCCAUCAUGAUUUCCGUAAAAGCGCAUAUAUGUGAGACUGCAAUUAAAGAAAUUAGUGAUUUAACUCUACAGCUUAUUCAAAACCACCUGACCCUUACAAGCUGUGACAUUUUUGAUCUCGAUUACACAUUGAUACGUAAUGUGGUCAAUACCGUCAUAACUUAUAUCGUUAUUCUCAUUCAAAUUGGGAAUGUAUCAAAACAAGAUUUAAAUGAAAAUUCGACGUCAUCGACUAAAAAUGAUUGA